GGAACUGGGGCCACGGUGCAGACGGCGGCGAGUCUAAGGGUCACCCUGUCCGGCGGCUCGAGGCUUCCUGGGCCAGAUAUUCUCCGACUGGGAAACGGAGCAAGGACUUCGCGACCGCCUGGCCCUUUCCCUCUCCCGGAAACCCCAGGAACGAGCCGGCGGCUGAGAGGCCCAGGCAGUGCCCGGGCACACGCGCGGGGAGCCGGGGAUAACAGGGUGAAGCAACCAUGCAGGCAUUUCUAAAAGGCACGUCUAUCAGUACUAAAACACCAUUGCCCAAGGAUCGAGGAGUAGCUGCCACUGCCGGAAGCAGUGGAGAGAACAAGAAAGCCAAACCUGUUCCAUGGGUGGAAAAAUAUCGCCCAAAAUGUGUAGAUGAAGUUGCUUUCCAGGAAGAAGUGGUUGCAGUGCUGAAAAAGUCUUUAGAAGGAGCUGAUCUCCCUAAUCUCUUGUUUUACGGGCCUCCUGGAACUGGAAAAACAUCCACUAUUUUGGCAGCAGCUAGGGAACUCUUUGGGCCUGAGCUUUUUCGAUUAAGAGUUCUUGAGUUAAAUGCAUCUGAUGAACGUGGAAUACAAGUAGUUAGAGAGAAAGUGAAGAAUUUUGCUCAAUUAACUGUGUCAGGAAGUCGUUCAGAUGGGAAACCAUGUCCUCCUUUUAAAAUUGUGAUUCUGGAUGAAGCAGAUUCUAUGACCUCAGCUGCUCAGGCAGCUUUAAGACGUACCAUGGAGAAAGAGUCUAAAACCACCCGAUUCUGUCUCAUCUGUAACUAUGUCAGUCGAAUAAUUGAACCUCUGACCUCUAGAUGUUCUAAAUUCCGCUUCAAACCUCUGUCAGAUAAAAUUCAACAGCAGCGAUUACUAGACAUUGCUGACAAAGAGCAUGUCAAAAUUAGCAAUGAGGGAAUAGCUUAUCUUGUUAAAGUGUCAGAAGGAGACUUGAGAAAAGCCAUUACAUUUCUUCAAAGUGCUACUCGAUUAACAGGUGGAAAGGAGGUCACAGAGAAGGUGAUCACGGACAUUGCUGGGGUAAUACCAGCUGAGACAAUUAACGGAAUAUUUGCUGCAUGUCAGAGUGGCUCUUUUGACAAACUAGAAGCUGUGCUAAAGGAUUUAAUAGAUGAGGGUCAUGCAGCAACUCAGCUUGUAAAUCAAUUUCAUGAUGUUGUUGUAGAAAGUGAUAACCUUUCUGAUAAACAGAAGUCUGUUAUUACAGAAAAACUUGCUGAAGUAGACAAAUGCUUAGCAGAUGGUGCUGAUGAACACCUGCAAUUGAUGAGCCUCUGUGCUACUGUGAUGCAGCAGUUAACUCAGAAUUGUUAGAACCAUAUUCACUAUGCUGGUUUUUUCAGUUUUUGUAAAUAUGAUAAAAAUAAAAUAACAAAAGCACCUUUAAA